AUGGCAUGGUCGAUUUGGUUUCAUAGGAAUAAGACUCGGGUUGGUGAGAGUGCAAGGCCGCUGGAUCAGAUAGCUAGUUUUGCACGUGAAUACGUGCAUGAUUUUAAGUCCCUUAAGAAAAGCUCUCCCACGCUUCGUGCCUCUGCUCCAAAAGUUUGGAGUCCACCUGCAGACGACGGUUGGAAAAUUAAUUUUGAUGGUGCGAUGUUUAAUGAAUCUGGUGAAGUGGGGAUUGGGGUGGUUAUGCGAAACUCCGUUGGUGAGGUUAAGGCUGUGCUGGCAGAAAAGAUUAAAAAACCUCCUUCUGUGGAAGUUUUAGAGCUGCUGGCUGCUAGAAGGGCUGCUCUCUUUUCAGAAGACCUGGGCCUUGAUAAGGUGACUUUUGAAGGAGAUUCAGAGCAGGUAAUGAAGGCCCUUCAAUGGGGAGGCUGGGAUUUCACUCCAGGUGGUCAUCUUAUCCGUGAUUUUCUCUAUAUUGUAAACUCCUUUGUGAGUAGCUCGGUCUCUCAUGUCUAUAGGCAGGGCAACUCCGUUGCUCAUGCUCUGGCUCAAAGAGCUAGACUAUGUUUCCCUAUUUCAGUUUGGUUGGAUUCCUAUCCAACAAACAUUUCUCCUUUUGUAAUAGCUGAUUCUUCAGCCUUGUUCUAUUAA